GUUGAAAUUAAGUUUGUUUGAACUCUCAAACGGCAACCGAAGUAUAUCAGAUGCCGUGCCGUAGCGCGUCCGUUUCCCGCUAAUCUCUGUCAUGCAUAGACUGUCAGCAAUAAAGUUCUGAUCGUUUCGUCGCGACACGCGGGAGGAAGCGAAACGGGCGCGCGCCUUGUUUAUCCGGCAAACGCUUUUUUUUUCACCCGGGUGUCCCGACGACAACAAGACUUGAUCUCGACAAGUGGCGUGUAGUGCACAAUAUUCCUUGAAACAGGAAAGAUUUAUAUAUACAUAUUGCGAGCCGCGAAUUAUGGCCACGAUCAGAGUAUACAAGGAAGACCAGGAGAAUCGGAUUCAUGAUGAUCAUAUGCGUGGCCGUGGCAAAGAGAAUCUCGCUACCGGCGUGAGCACUCAGCAACAAACCAAACGAGCUGUCCUCGGUGUUUUACAACUGCCUAAUAAUAACUGCCAAAAGCCUAAUAUAAAAUCCAAGGAAAUCAACAAGGAUGAGAAACGUAAUAGAACAAAGGUGUAUAAAACUCAAUAUGAGUACAAUUAUGAGAAGAAAGAAGAAUCAGUUUUCAAGGUUUACGAAGACAACAAAAAAGAUGAAUCAAAUAAUAAAUUUCCACCUAUCUUCAAACCUCCAGUCUUCACAAUUUAUGAAGAUGUGUGUGUUUCCAAAUUGGAAGAAGCUACAAGUGUAGCACUCAGAAACUCGAAUGAAAACAAAGAAAUCGUUUAUGAAACCCAACAAACAACUGAAGAAUCUGAUAAAGAACAAGCGAAAUUAAAAGUGGAUAAUGUUGACACCACAAAUAAUUGCAAUCUCGCAGCGAUUCAUGAUAGUCUCGAUGAUAUUUGUCAAGGCAAAUCACAAGAUGAUUCUUACUUGAAAGAUAAUUAUAAAGAUAGUCCCAUGUCUGUGGGUACGUUACUGGAAAAAUCUCUCACAUAUAGUAGUUCUUCCAAUGAAGAGUACAGAACCAGAAGAGCAUCUUUUAAAGAAAUGAGAAAUAGUUACUUUGAGAUAGACGAAUACAGAACUGAUAUACAUAAUUAUUUACGUGUAGCUGAGACAUUACAUAGGCCGAAACCUGGUUACAUGAAGAAACAACCUGAUAUUACAUAUUCAAUGAGAUCUAUAUUGAUAGAUUGGCUUGUGGAAGUAGCUGAAGAAUAUCGAUUACAAGAUGAAACGCUCUACUUGACUGUUUCGUACAUAGAUCGCUUUCUAUCAUACAUGAGUGUUGUAAGAUCGAAAUUGCAACUCGUUGGGACUGCCGCUAUGUUUAUUGCGGCAAAAUAUGAGGAGAUUUAUCCACCUGAUGUAGGAGAAUUUGUAUAUAUCACAGAUGAUACAUAUACAAAGAUGCAGGUGAUCAAAAUGGAAAAUUUAAUACUAAGAGUUUUAUCGUUUGAUCUAACUGUACCGACGCAUUUCACAUUUAUUCAGGAUUAUUGUGUUAACAAUAAUUUUUCGGACAGAAUCAAAUUUUUGGCAAUGUAUCUUUGUGAGUUAUCAAUGCUCGAGGGAGAUCCGUAUCUGCAAUUUGUGCCCAGUCAUUUGGCUGCAUCCGCAUUAGCUCUUGCACGACAUACAUUGCAGGAAGAGAUCUGGCCCCACGAAUUGGAGCUGUCGACAGGUUAUAGUCUAAAGACUCUCAAGGAAUGUAUCGUAUAUUUGAACAAAACCUUCUACAAAGCUCCUACUAAUGAGCAACAAGCGAUACGAGAAAAAUAUAAAAAGAGCAAAUACGGUCAUGUGUCUUUGCUAUUGCCUCGUAGCACUGAAGCAGUAUCGGAUGAAGACGAAGAGGAGGAGAACGCUUAGUAAUGAAUAUUGUCAGACGGGCACAGAAUCAAGAGGAAAUUUCGGUUUCUGUGUAGAGAAAUUGUAAUAAAUAACGAACCUCCCGCGAGAAUAUCUCCUACAUGCAUCGGAAGUGAAGGAGGGGAUCAGGGCAAGACUGACCUACUAUUCCUACAAAGUAAAAGGAAAGUGUAUGGUUUAUUUCUCUGUUGUUGGAGCUAGUCUCGAUCUGGCGGUACGUUUUGCGAGAGUAGAAAGAACGUACCUGGCUCUCCUGCUUUCGCCGCAUGUCAAUAUUCGUCAUACGUAUAUCGGUCGCUCUUAAAUUGUGGUAUGUGACCACAUAAAAAUUUUAAAACUGUUUCGGAGCUUAGAUAUAGUCAUUUGCGCUAACAAACGAGAUGCCACACAAAAAAAUCACCAUUAUCUUAGAUAUUGUAUUUUUGUAUAAGCAUGUUUUAGAGGAUUUUGUUAAGACAAACAAAUGUCGUUUCUGCGAUACGAAAAUUCUGCCGUAAAGUAAAAUUGUCUCUAAAAUAAACAAAGUAAUUUUGUAUUUAUUAUCGUUUUAUGGUUAAAUACACGUCAAUUGCUAAUAAAAAUUACAUGUCGAUUAAUGAUAUAUUUAAAAAAAACGGCAAACUAUUCGAGAUGCUUAUUUCCGUGAAAUUGAAUGCAUACAUUUUGAUCGACUUUUCAGUCAUUGUACAGUUAUUUAUUUACAACACAUUCAUAGGUAUCGUAAAUUAAAUUUGUAAUUUGUCUUGUGUUAGGAAAAGUAAGAAAUCUCGUAUAUACAUAUAUGUGUGUGGUGUGUAUAUAUAUAUAUAUACAUAUAU